AUGACACCAACUGACAUCGACGAGGGUUUAUAUUCAAGACAGCUGUAUGUGCUGGGUCAUGAUGCAAUGCGGUCUAUGGGGAAGGCGAAUGUCCUCAUCAGUGGGAUGAAGGGUCUUGGUGUGGAGGUGGCCAAAAAUGUAGUCCUGGCUGGGGUCGGUUCGGUCACCAUCCAUGACCAGGGGUCAGCAGAAUGGACAGACCUGUCCUCUCAGUUUUACCUGAGGGAGAGUGACCUGGGCGAGAACCGAGCCCUUUGUUCUGAAAAAGCCCUUGCCCGGUUAAAUAGCCACGUUCGAGUGUCUGCCUGCACUGAAGCUCUAAAUCAGGACUUUUUGAGAAACUUCCAGGUGGUGGUGCUCACAGACUCGUCGCUGGAAGAGCAGCGGUGGGUGGGUGCAUUCUGCCACACCAACAACAUCAGGUUUAUUGUGGCUGACACCAAAGGCCUUUGUGGGCAAUUGUUCUGUGACUUUGGAGAAGCUUUUGAGGUCAGAGACUCUGAUGGAGAGUCACCACACUCGGCCAUGAUUACCCACAUCUCCAAGGAAAAUCCAGGUAUAGUCUCCUGCACAGAUGAACAGGCCCAUGAGUUCACAGACGGCAUGCAGGUCACGUUCUCUGGGGUUCAAGGCAUGACAGAGCUCAACAGCUGUGGACCCAUUGAGAUUAAAAGCAUAGGCAGUUACUCCUUCAGUAUUUGUGACACCUCAAACUUCUCUGAGUAUGAGAAGGGUGGCGUAGUAGCUGAAGUCAAACAGUCCAAGACUCUUAGCUUUCUGCCUCUGGAUGCGGCUCUGGAGGAAGUUGUGAGAGAUUCGGAUCUGCUGGUGUUGAACGACUAUGGGAAAGUUCAGAAGCACCAGAACCUGCAUUUCGGCUUCAGAGCCCUGCAUGAGUUCAGACAGAAACACGGCCGACUGCCCAAACCCAGGAACCAGACGGAUGCGGAGCUGCUGGUUGCCAUGGCGAAGCAGCUCAGCACAGCUGCAAACUUUGAUAAGUUUGAUGAAGACGUCGUGCGCACACUGUCUCUGGUUGCUGCUGGUGAUUUGGCUCCCGUUAACGCUUUCAUCGGAGGACUGGCUGCCCAGGAAGUGAUGAAGGCCUGCAGUGGUAAGUUCACUCCGCUCAAGCAGUGGUUCUACUUUGAUGCUCUGGAGUGCCUUCCUGACCAGGAGGGCGGUGGUCUCCUGACAGAAGAAGCUUGUGCUCCGAGAAACAGUCGUUACGAUGGGCAGGUCGCUGUGUUUGGAGCCGACUUCCAGGAGAAAAUAAAGAAACAGAGAUAUUUUCUGGUGGGUGCUGGCGCUAUUGGCUGUGAAUUAUUGAAAAACUUUGCCCUGAUUGGCCUCAGUGCUGGAGAAGGCGGGCACAUCACUGUGACGGACAUGGACUCCAUCGAAAGGUCCAAUCUAAACCGGCAGUUCCUGUUCAGGUCCGAAGAUAUAGGGAGGCAGAAGUCAGAGGUGGCAGCUGAAGCUGUGAAAAAGAUGAAUCCCAGCGUGAACAUCACGGCUCAUCAGAACCGCGUGUGUCCAGAGAGCGAGGGCAUCUACACACACCAGUUCUACAGCGGCCUGGACGGAGUGGCCGCAGCACUGGACAACGUAGACGCCCGAGUCUAUCUGGAUGGGCGCUGUGUGCAGUACCAAAGGCCCAUGUUGGAGGGGGGCACACUGGGCAGUAAAGGGCACACUCUGGUGGUGGUUCCACACCUGACUGAGUCUUAUGGCCCAGCAUCAUCAUCAGGACAGAAGGCCAUUCCUCUCUGCACCCUGAAGCACUUUCCCCACCACAUAGAGCACACUCUGCAGUGGGCCAGAGACCAGUUUGAGGGCCUGUUCAAGCACUCAGCUGAGAAUGUUAACCAGUAUCUGAGUGACCCUGAGUUCUGGGCUCGUACAGUGGCCCGUGGGGAGGUGGAGGCUGUGGAGGUGUUGGAGGGAGUCUACGCCAGUCUGAAGGACCGACCGCAGGACUGGACUGAGUGCGUAGCAUGGGCCCGUAUCCAGUGGGAGAGCCUCUACAACAACCACAUCGACCAGCUGCUCCACUGCUUCCCUCCAAACCAUGUAACUAGCUCAGGACUGCCUUUCUGGAUGGGAGCAAAGAGAUGUCCACAUCCCUUAACCUUUGACCCAGCCAAUACCACCCAUAUGGAUUUUGUAGUAGCUGCGGCCAACUUAUACGGGCAGAUCUACGGAAUCGAGGGUUCAAGGGACCGUGAGGGCGUCCAGAAGAUCCUGAAUGGGGUACAUGUGCCUGAGUUUACCCCCAAAUCUAGUGUGAAGAUUGCUGUGACAGAUGAGGAGCUGGCAGAGAGCAAAGAGGAGAGGAAGGAAGAGGACAAAGCCAAGUUAGAGGAGCUGAAGCAGAAGCUCUCGAGCCUCCAGCUGCCCAGCCAGAACUUCCGGAUGGUUCCGCUGGAAUUUGAAAAGGAUGAUGACAGUAACUUCCACAUGGACUAUAUAGUGGCGGCGUCUAACCUGAGGGCAGAGAAUUAUGAUAUCCCAGCAGCAGAUCGACACAAGAGCAAACUCAUCGCCGGACGCAUCAUCCCAGCCAUCGCCACGACAACGGCUGCAGUGGCCGGCCUCAUGUGUCUGGAACUGUAUAAGCUGGUACAGGGCCACCGGCGCAUCAGCUCAUUCCGCGUCGCGUACGUUAACAUGGCCGUCCAGUACUACGUCCUCUCACAGCCGGGCAGGGCUCCAACAUUCAUGGUUGCGGGGAAGCAGUUCUCCCUCUGGGACGAGUUUCUGGUGCGGGGUAGAGAAGACGGCCGAGAGGAAAUGACAGUGGAGGAGCUGCUGAAACACAUCAAGGACCACCAUAGCCUGACAGUCACUGGUCUGUACUAUGGGCCUGCAGUGCUGUACGCUGAUUACUGUGAUCAUGCAGAUCGACUCAAACAGAGAGUGUCAGAUUUGGUCAGGACGGUCACUAAAACAGAGCUUCCAGCUCAGCAGCAGAUGCUGGAGAUCAUUCCCUCCUUCGCUGAGGAUGAGGACUGUGAGAAGGUCCCACCGAUCAGAUACCUCUUCAGAUGAGGUGAUGAAGACACAGCCAGUGAUUUUUAACAGUGAUUUUUUAUUAUAAAGUACUAAUGAAGGAAACUAUAUAUGAAUAUCUGUCUCUUUGAUCAAAUGCCGUUCUUCUAUCACUGAACUCUAGAAUUCCUGUCUGUUUUAAUCAAAAAAUGAAUCAAGAUCAAUGUUCACAUAAGGGGUUUUACUGGAUCAUGUAAAAAAAAUCAUCUCACUCAGUGUUUUUCCCAUUAAAAACUAAAUAAAGUGAUUUUAAUGAUA